AUGAGUAACAAAAAGAAUUCAAUCAUCCGAGCAAACUCGAGCAACAGAAAAGACGCAAACGACGAAAUAGCAAGGUUUCUUGCUGAACCAGCGGUUUCGCUAGGCUCAGGUAGAAAAGACGCAAGCGACGAAGUAACAAGGCUUCUUGCUGGAUCAGCGGUUUCGCUAGGCUUAAGCCAAGCUUUCAGUCCCAAGGCUCUAAUCAUUGGAGGGAUUGCAGCUUGGGCUGCGAACAAAGUAAUCCAAAAAACAGUGGAAGAUGAUGAUAUAAAAGAAAUUAGUCAAUUCGUGGGAGAUGUCGGAUUGGGAUGUGCCUUAACUGGUGCAUUUUCCGCCUUAACCGAUGACCAAAGACAAUAUCACAAUAAGCAUAAAUUACGUGGUAUACCCUUUAAAUUGGAUUGUAAAAUUUGCAAUGCGUAA